GUUUGGAUAAGCAUUUCUUGUCUUAGGAUUCAUUCUUUGGAGAAUGAAACUUGGGUCUCGGGCAAAAAUCAUAACAUAUUUUGCGGCACGAAAAAUAUUCGUCCACAUUUUAUCGGCCCUUUUUUUUGGUUCGAAGUGUUUUAAACUCUCGAGUCCUCCACUGAACCAUCGUCCCCCCUCUCUAUCUGUACAAGGUAAAAUCGAUCUGCUAAGAUCGAUCUCAAUCUCUAGCUUAUCAAGAUCGAUUUCUCUCCUUUUUCUUCCUGGUCUUCUUCUUCUGUCUGUGCACAUAGCACGAAGCUAACGGUGAAGAACAAGGGCUCACCUGCUGGAGCUUCAACAGCAUCAGUUGCACUCGUAAGUCAGGUGUAAACAGCUUUCAGUGAGACUUGGCUUGCAAGGCUAAUAAGUAAAUAGCGAACAGGAGCAAGCCCUUUUUUUUCUUCAUAUAAAAGCUGUAUCAUUGGCACCAGAGUAAUUAUUGAAGCCCCGGACUACGAAAGUCAAUUUCUUUCAAAUGGCAUUGGUUGUGAUAUGUGGGCAACCAUGUAGUGGAAAAUCAACAGCUGCUCACUGCCUAGCCGGAUCGCUUAAUGCCCUAGAAUCCAAACCAACAGUGAAGAUUAUUGAUGAAUCCCUUUUUCAUCUUGAUCGAAACCAAUGCUAUGCAAAUAUGACUGCAGAGAAGAAUUUAAGGGGGGUCCUCAGGUCUGAAGUUGACAGAUCCUUGUCAAAGGACAGUAUUGUUAUUGUAGACUCUUUGAACAGCAUCAAGGGUUAUAGAUAUGAGUUAUGGUGUCUAGCUCGAGCUGCUGGCAUAAGAUAUUGUGUGUUAUAUUGUGAUACAGAAAUCAGUAGUUGCAGAGAAUGGAACAAGGAGCGUGGAGAAAAGGGAGAAGCCACUUAUGACGAUAAUAUAUUCGAAGAUUUAGUAAGAAGGUUUGAGAAGCCAGAAAGGCGUAAUCGAUGGGAUUCCCCCCUUUUUGUGUUGUGGCCAUCUAAAGAUAGAAUAGAGCAAUCUUCUGCUGCUGUCGUGGAUACUGUUUCAUACUUGACUAAAAAGGUUGACUCAAAGUCGCGAGAUGUUAAAAUCCUCCAGCCUACCAUCGCCACUCAAAAUGCACGUUUAUCAGAAGCAAAUACACUUUAUGAGAUGGACCGUGCAACACAGGAGGUGAUCAACGCCAUUGUGGAAGCACAAUCUCAGGCACUCGGAGGACCUAUAAGUGGGAUUUCUCUUGGCCAGAACUUACCAACAAUUAGCAUUCAGAGAGCAGUUGGGCUGCCUGAGCUCCGGAGCCUGAGACGUACAUUCAUAAAAUUGACAGGGCAAUCAAGCUUGAGUGGGCCUCCACCACCAUCAGACACUGAUAGUGCAAAAAGAAUGUUCGUGGAUUACUUGAACAGAGAACUAGGAACAGUUUAGACACUGAAUGUAACAGCAAAAGAGCCACCACAGUUCUUUAGUUGUUUUCCUGUUUUCCCAACCGAGGAGGGGCUUUUUUUUUCGCACAAAACAUCAAGGAUAUUGAACUACUUCUGCUCAUUUGGGGGCCUGUAUGUGACAUUAAGAUUAUUUACUACCAUUUUUCAUCAAAGAAUCAAAUGUACUUCUGAUUGUUAGCUUUUCUCCCUUUUAAAGAUUGGACAAAAUUUAGCUUAAUUGGUUUUAUUAUGAUAUCCACUUUGACUUUUCUUAAGUUUUUGUAUAAGAACCGAACCUUUACUUUU